UUACUUCUUUUGUAUGAGAGUCAGACCAGUGGGUGUGAUUCUGUCUCAUGGUUUUGAUUUGAAUUUCUCCGUGCCUGGCGAUGUUGAGCAUCUUUUCACGUGCUCGCAGGCAGUUUAUACAUUUUGUGCGUCUUUGGAGGUUAUGAAGCUUUCGGACUGAGGUCAGGGCGCGGCCAAGUCUUCCCGGAAGACUGCGGCUUCCUGCUGACCAGGGGAGGAGGGGACGGGGGAGGCUCCAAAUUAGUUCCGGGAGGGCUCCCUGGACUAGCCACGGCUUCAGGCAGCAGUUUCACUUUUGGGUCCGGGCAUUCCUGGCUGAGCGCGCGCUCUUCCUCGUAGGCACCUGGCCUGAGCAGGCCUUGAGACCCCUUUUGCAGCGCUGCCUCACUUCCUUCUUCUCCUGGACCUCUGGCACUGGCACCGACACCAGCGGCAAUCACGGUGAGCGGCUCCUGCCUAGUCCCAUCGUCCCCUCCUCCCUACUCCCAGUUGGAAGACCCGAAACCCCAGACUGGGAGGGAACGCCCCAGAUUCUGGGAGGGCCGCCCACUGGCCCGCAUAGCGGCUGACAGGCUGGAUUUGGGCUUGACCCUGAAGUUGAGCCCUAGAGGCACCCAGGCCUCCUGUGGGUCCAGAGGCUCAGGCUCCCUCGGGGCGUGGCUGCUGCUCCACUUACUCAGGGCCCUGUUGUCUGAUGCCGGUUGGAUUUGUCCCUGGCUUGUGAGGUCUAAGCUCUACUGGUGGGGCCUGGAUAGGGAAGCCAGUCUGUUGUGGUGCACCCCAGUGAGUUUCCUGCAGGCGUCUACCGCCGCUGCAGCACAAGAUUCUGCAGCAGCUUCCGAGUCGCAGAGAGGACGUGUUUGUGGUGACAGAGGUGCUUCAGACAAAGGAGGAGGUGGAGGUCACAGUAUGCACAGGAAGGAGGGCUCAGGCCAGGGUGCUCUGCCUGGAAUCAAGGUGGUUCAUGGAGUUGUGGGCCCAGGAGGGCCUAGAGGACACUGACUGCCCACCAUAGAUGCCCCAACACUGUUGGGCUGACAAGUUGCCACUCCCAGCUAACAGCCACAAGCCACUUUGGAAGGACCAAAAUCCCCUGCAUUGGAGGCUUCCAAGCACUGACUGACCCAUCUGUCCUCAAGAGAAUGUCUUCGGCCUUUGAGAGUGUGGUCCGGAGUGUAGUCCGUGAGCUGGACCCUAGGAGGGAGCUCAUCCUAGUGGACAGCCUUCAGAACUCUACCAGCUUCCGGCCCUAUUACCUGCUGAGAAGGAAGCCCUCAAGCUCACGGUUCUGGAAACCCCGUUACUCAUGUGUCAACUUAUCAAUCAAAGACAUCCUGGAGCCUGAUGCCCCAGAACCAGAUUUGGAACAUGGUAGCACCUUCCACUUCAAUGAUACCAUCGACGGGAAGGUACAGGGCAACAUGGAAGUGGCAGUCCCAGGACAGUGGAAGAUCUCGGGUGGGGCAGCAGUGUCUGGCAGCUCCAGCACCUCAAUGAAUGUGCGCACCCUAAGUGUGGACCCGAACACCUGGGAUCGUAUGCAGCAGGAGAGGCGCCUGCGACAGCCGGAACACAAAAUUCUGCAACAGCUUCGGAGUCGCAGAGAUGACGUGUUUGUGGUGACAAAGGUGCUGCAGACACAGGAGAAGGUGGAGGUCACCCGUAUGCGCAAGCAGGAGGGCGCAGGCCAUUGUGUUCUGCCUGGAGCCAUGUGCUUGAAGGGUGAUGGCGAGGGCCACUUGAGGAGGGAGAAUAAAGUCACCAUCCCUGCAGGCAGUAUCCUCGCGUUCCAGGUGGCCCAGCUGGUCAUUCGCUCUGACUGGGACAUCUUUCCCUUCCCGGAUGAGAAGCGGAGGACCUUCUUACCAUCCCCUACCGACAGCCAGCCGCAGAAUACCUUCAGCCUCUCCUCAGUAUUGAGGGCCAUCAGAGAUUCCCUCAAGCUCCUGACAGAUGGGAUAUCUGAGGAGUCAGUGGUCACAGAAGAAUUCCAGGUCCUGCGGACAGAAGUGGAGGCUGGCUUUGCAGCUCUGAAGAAGAUGGCAAGGGACCUGAGGCAGCAGCUGCUGCUGAACCUGAGGAAGGUCCUGUGUGACCCACCAGCCCUACAGGAUUUAGAAGUCUUGCUGGCACAGGGCCUGUGUGGUGCCAAACAGGUGAAGCCUCUGCAAGGUCCAGCAGGUAACAUCCUUGAAUGCCUGGUGCUCCCCUCCCGGGUCCUGGUGCCUACACUCGCUGCUCCUGUCUUUUACCUGCUGGGGGCCCUGACCGCACUGAGUGAAACCCAGCAACAGCUGCUGGCUCAGCUGCUGGACAAAGGGGACCUUUCAACACUACUCGAGCUGGUGGAACACCUCCUGGAGCAGAGCAUCCCGUGGCAAGAACAGAGUGACGUGUCCCUACCCCCCAAGCUCCUUGCAAGUAACUGGGGAGAGGAGGCACCAGCCUGGGCCUUGCUGGAGAAAUGUGGCCUAGAGCUGCAGGUGGGCGCCCCCCAGAUACACUGGGAGCCACAAGCCCAGGGCCCCACCUGUGCACUCUAUGCCUCCCUGGCACUGCUGUCAGGAUUGAGCUGAGAAUCCUGCUAGCCUGUGCCCACCCUCUAGCAGCCCCGGGAAGGCCAAGAGUUCAACUCAACCACAGGGCCUGUUCACCAUGACACCCUGGAGCUGAAGAAACUCAAUAAAUAUGAUGUAUGUGUGCU